UUGCUAUUUCUGUCAGCAGGAGAGCGGAGGGGUGGGCGCAGCACUCGAGGGGCCGGACUUUCUUUUCUGCAACUUGCCUCCGAUAAGGCUGCUUUUGUUUUCCUCCUCCACUGUAGUGUGUAGUGACAACACCAGCGGCUCUCACCAUCACCUCCCGUCAGGUCCUGUUCCCUUUGGCACUGGUUUAGCGCACCAGAAUCCAUUGGACCUUAGCUGGAUUAUCUUUAAGGUGUCUGGACUCAAACUGUUUCAACAGGCUUUUACUAUGGAUUCGGCACCUCUGGGAACAUCGUAAAGACAGACAGACAGAUAGGACCACAUAUUUCCUGCAGUGGCAGAUUCCUCGGUGCUUGUGUCGGUGUCGUGUGCAGCCUUGUUUCCCAUGGACCUCAGGGUGGGAGAGCGGGGGAUCCGCCCCGGUUCGGACACGGCGCUCCUCACCCCGCUGCACCCACCUUUACUCCUUACCCCAUUCUCCUCUCAGCCCUGCCCCUCAUUCUCUCAACAGCAAUUGCACCAACAAAUCAGGUUUAAUAUGGAGCAGAGGAGGCAAGAGCAGGAACACCAAGAGAAACAGCAGGAGCUGCAGCAGCUGAAACACAAAGACAAAAGUCAACAGAGUGCAGUGGCCAGUUCCCUGGUAAAACAGAAACUUCAGGAGGUGAUUCUUAAGAAGCGGAAACAGGCAGAGCUGGAAAGGACGAGCUCUAACACACUGACUCCGGCUCUUGUUGCAUACAGGAAGCUGGGCCCAGACCCAAGUGUAUCCUCCCAGCCUCUGGUCUCAUCUCCGCUGCAGCCUUCCUCUGAUGGUUCAGAAGGGACGCCAUUACGCAGAGCAGCGUCUGAGCCCAAUCUGAAGGUGAAACACAAGCUGAAGAAACACCUGAACACCCGCAAGAGCCCACUCACCCGGAAAGAGAGUGCCCCGCCCACCGUCAAACACAGAGUCCCUGAUGCACUGGACUCAUCCCCCAGCAGCAGUAGCACUCCAGUCUCUGGCUGUAGUUCUCCUAAUGACAGUCUGCCCAAUGAAAACGGGCUACUGCCAUCUGCUGGCGGCCUGUCACAUGAGGCCCAGAAACUGCUGCUCAGAGAUGGUACCCUAGCUAACUUCACCAUCCAGAGUCCCUCCACUCUGCCCACCAUCACACUGGGGUUACCGGCCAACGCCAGGGCAGAAGGAGAGCUGUCCUCUCUGAAGGUCGGCCGGGUGCCAGUGGUUACAGCCGGAGGCUCGCAAGUCUUCAUCCCCCUGAGCAGAGAGGACCAGGCUGGGCAGCUGAACCCUCACCUGCCUGUAAUCAUCCUAGAGCCCUCUGGACUGGUACACACACCACUGCUCACUGCAGUUCCAGGCCUCGACUCUGUCCCACUACAGUUUGUCUCCCAGUUAGACCACCUGUCUCCUGGAGGCACACAACCCCACAAGCCCCUGAGCAGAACACGCUCAGAACCUCUUCCCCAGAGCCCGAGGACCCUUCACACACACUUCCUCCAGCAACAACACAACACACAGCUACUGGAGAGGCUUAAACAGCAGACUCACCUGGGAAAGCUGAUGUCUAAGUCCAGUGAGAAGCCCAGACUGCAUCAGAUACCCUCUGAGGAUAUGGACUCAGAGGAUGGCGGCGGGACUUCGCCCCCAGAGCCGACCUAUCAGAGCAGAGUGAGGGCAGAGUCACUGAGGGAGGUGGACCCUAUAGUCUCCAAGAGCCACAAAGAGCAAAUGAAUCUGCAGCAUGCACUCAUACUCAACCAGUCAUUGCUGUGGGAACAGCAAAAGCAGCUGCAGCAGCUGCAUCGACAGAUGGAGACCCUGGCCGUACCUGUGUUACGCAGCAGCGGCAGUGGCGGGGUUGGUAGUGGGUUGGGCGUCCAUCGCCCCCUGUCACGUACGCAGUCAUCCCCAGCCUCCACCUCUCUCACUCUGCCUGAGAAACCCCUGAGCUUGGCUACACAGGAUACCAGCAGCAAACCACGCUUCACCACUGGCCUGGUGUAUGAUUCUCAAAUGCUGAAGCAUCAGUGUACAUGUGGAGACAACAGCAGCCACCCAGAGCAUGCUGGGAGGAUACAGAGCAUCUGGUCUCGACUACAGGAGAGAGGACUCAGAGGACAGUGUGAGAGCAUUCGAGGUCGUAAAGCCACUCUGGAGGAGCUGCAGUCUGUCCACACAGAGCGCCACGUGCUGCUCUACGGCACCAACCCACUCAACAGACUCAAACUGGAUAACCGCAAACUGGCUGGAAUCCUCUCUCAAAGAAUGUUUGUGAUGUUACCAUGUGGGGGAGUAGGGGUUGAUAAUGACACCAUCUGGAACGAGUCACACACCUCUACUGCGUCGCGCUUGGCGGCAGGCAAUGUUGUGGAGCUGGCCUUCAGAGUGGCCAAAGGAGAGCUGAAGAAUGGCUUUGCUGUGGUCAGGCCUCCCGGGCAUCACGCAGACCCCUCCAGUCCUAUGGGGUUCUGUUACUUCAACUCUGUGGCCAUAGCUGCCAAGCAGCUCCAACACAAGCUCAGUGUUAGCAAGAUCCUAAUAGUUGACUGGGAUGUUCACCAUGGUAACGGCACCCAGGAAGUGUUCUACAGCGACCCCAGUGUUCUCUACAUCUCGCUUCACCGCUAUGACAAUGGGAAUUUUUUCCCUGGCAGCGGGUCACCAACUGAGGUUGGUUCUGGAGCAGGUGAGGGCUUCAAUGUGAAUGUAGCAUGGACAGGAGGACUGGACCCACCCAUGGGAGAUGCUGAGUACCUCGCUGCAUUCAGGUCUGUGGUGAUGCCCAUCGCCCAGGAGUUCUCCCCGGAUGUUGUGCUGGUGUCGGCUGGGUUUGAUGCUGCCGAGGGCAACCCUGCUCCUCUGGGAGGAUACAAAGUCACAGCUAAAUGUUUCAGCUUCCUAACCCGCCAGCUGAUGUCUCUAGCAGGGGGUCGUCUGGUUUUGUCCCUUGAGGGAGGUCACGACCUCACAGCUAUCUGUGAUGCUUCUGAAGCCUGUGUCAGUGCCCUCCUGGGCAUACAGGAUCCACUGCCAGAAGAAGUCUUACUCCAGAAGCCCAACGCUAAUGCAGUCCAUUCCUUGCAGACUGUCAUACAGAUACAAAGUCAGUACUGGCAAAGUGUGAAGGCUCACAGUGCAUCAGUGGGUAUGUCCUACCUGGCUGUUCAGAGAAGAGACUGUGAGGAAGCAGAUGCUGUUAAUGCGUUGGCCUCGCUCUCAGUAGGAGCCCUCUCCAACAAGAGCCUCCCUGACGAGCCAAUGGAGCAUGACAGUGACUCAAUGUAGAAGAAUCUGACCAUUCACCUCAUGGAACUCACUUUCAGGAAUGGGGCCCAACCUCUAGCCUCGGAUCUUCUGCGCUGUCACAUGCCCAUGAAGGGGAUGUGUUUGUAAUGCCACUGAACCCCACCCAUCUGCCUUAUGCACACACAUACACAUCCACCGACACACCUCUACGGACGAGCACCUCAGUGCUGGUAACCACUCAGCUGAAGCCAGCAGCACUACCUAUAGCUAGGAAACCAUCUGAAGCCUCACCAAAGAGCAACAUAAGAUCAUUUUAAAAAGACUUUGUCUCCUGACUAACUUUGGAUUGUAUGUAUGUUCAGAGAUCCAGAUUGAUAGCUCUGUGAACAUGAGCCUUGUGGGAACUGACAGAAUACAGAUGCAGAAUGCAGCUCUGAUUCUUAUUAAAGCACUAUGUACCAGCAGCUGUUUUGUUGCCUUACAGUAACCUUGCCUUAAUUCAAGGACCAACAACUGGUUUCAGAAGGACAGUUUGGAAUUUAAACUCUCUUGUGCCACUUUGUUUCCCAUAUCAGAAUUGAAGCAGUGCUAACCAAAUGGGAUGCAAUGUGGCUGCUGCAGAAUGAACCUACUGUAUGACAUCAGUUGCAAGCAUAUACUGUGCACAUACACCUGGGGGAUAAAAUGCAAAAAUAUCAACAAAGAGGAUGUGGCCUCAUCAAAAAGAAAGAAUAUGAGGGAAAAGACAUUGAUGUCAUUACAGUACAUGCAGUUAAACCACUAAGAGAAGACAAUGAUGGAAGGAAAGAGAAAAUGAAGACAAAAUGGACAACUGUGGUUUUGUAGAAACAAAGAAAGGGCCAGUGUCCUUGUUGUUUUAUUGCACUGUUCAUUCCAUAAUGUGAAUUGUAAGAAAUUCCAAAACUCGGGGGGGAAAAAAAAUCUGCUCUUCUCUCUAGGUUAUUUAAUUUUUGAGGAUUUAGAUGAAAUGGUGUUUGCUAUAUUUUUCCCACUAUUGAUCUGAGAUGUCUUAUGAAGUCUGACUGACUCUAAGGACGCGAAGGCCGAAAUACUGUACAGUUCUGUUUCCUUAAAGUUAAUCUGAAAAGUCAGCAAGAUUUUGAGAGCACGAUUUCACUGCUGCUCAUGUUCCUUGGAUGCCCCCCCCCACACACACACACACACGUACAAAUGUACCACUAGUAUUGAAUACUGUAUGUUUUUGUGUAUGUUUGGGACUAAACGUGCAUUCAUUCCAUCAUGGCACCACUGAGGACCAUUGUAUUGUUCUAUAUAGUAGCAAUAAUAUUAAUGCACUUAAAGGACAUCACCCAAAGAAAACUGCCUUAAAACAGCCUGCACUUGGCAAUGUGACUGUAUGGAAGCAACAAGAGGGACCAGUUUGGAUACAGCUCUUAGUGACUCUACAAAACAAACCUGUGGAACAUCAUAUAUACAGAGUUUUGUAUUCUACUUGUUUUGAUGAUGAGUGCAGUGAGCUGGCCUGGUUUGAAUGUUUUCUUUUUCAUUAUGUAAAAAAUAGUAUUAGAUUCCCAGGCUUAAUCAUAGUCUAAUUAAAAGAAAAGAAUGCAUUAUUUUGUUUAGAAGUGACCUUGUGUGUUUUCCAUAUGAAAGUCUUCUCUGUAACUGUGCUUUGUAGUGGCACGUUUUCUCACGUUAUCAGACUAGACAAUGUCAUGCUAAACAUUUAUUUGAUCUUUGAUUUGACAGCUUUUUGACUGCCCUGCUAUCGGGGCUUGUAAGGGCUCAGCAUUUCAAAUGUACAAAUAUCAGUUUGGAUGUUAUCGUUUCGCAAAAUAAAGCUUGUUGAAGUCCAUUUUUCACACACAAGAAGUUUGACCAAUUGAGUCAGAAUAAUUACAUUUUACAAAAUUUGUCCAUAAAGAGAGAGAUUCACUAAAACUGAGACAAGGAACUUGAAGUUUUGGUUUUUGUCUAACUAGCCACUCCACUUUCAUGAAAAUUGAUGCUUUAGAGCUUUCCUUUGAUUUUUUUUUAUUUUAUUUAUUUUUUUUAUAUCCAUGAUUGGAUUUAAAGCAGCACAGAUUUUCAGCUCUGGUAUCAAAUAUUUGAUUUGCUGUUUUGUGUGUAAAUGCAGCUUUUGUAGAGUUCCGGUUGCAAUUAUCACAAUCAGCACAGCAAGUUCAUGUGACAGAGUGAAGUACUGCCAGUUCAGCAUGCAGGUGUUCACUUUGCUUUAGUCUGAUCCUGGGCAUUGCCCAGAACUUUGACAAGAAACAAACCGACAGUAGAAGUCUCACUACUGCUCCAUCCUGGUGAAAAUGUUGCAUUAAGGAUUGGUAUUCCUCAUCGUGUUCUUAAUAUCAUGUGACAGCAUUUAAACAAGCUGUCUCACUGACAUAGUGUGCAAAACAGGUGCAUGUGAUGUAUAUGAAGAAAAUGUCUGAUUGGUCAAUGAGUGUGUGUGUCUGUGAGAGAGUAUGUUUGCAUGCGCACUAAUGCUUAUGUAAACUUCUGUCAUGUGUUUUGUGCAUGCAUGUGUGUUUGAGUGCUUGUCAAAUAUUGUAAAUGACCUCUUCUGUAUUAUAUUCCCAGUUUUUUGUCUUACAUAGAGGCCAGUAUUGCCUCAAAUCUUAAUUCCCUUAAUUAAUGAUGUAAUUUGUACCUUCUUUUGAAAAACAGUCACUGUAAAUAGAAGCUCCAAGACCAAAAUACACAUGUCACACAUGUGCCUUGAUGCAUUCAGUAGUAUGUGUAUUGGAACUAACUGGACUUAAAAUAACUCUAUUGAGAUCUUUGUUUCAUGCUGUUCUUUUUUAUUUACUUAUAUGUUAUUUUUCCCUUCACAUUUCCUACCAUGUGUAUGUACAGUAUAGAAAGAUUGUCUAUUUUGUACUGUUAUUUUUCUCUUCUUCUUGAUUAAAAAAUACUUUUCAGUAAAAGCCCA